AUGCACAACCACGAGCAGCAACUUGAACAUAAGCAAAGGAUAUCGCUGCAUAAAGUCUUUUCAAAGCAGAUGAGUCCGGAUGAUCCGGCACAUCUUGAUGCAUGCGAGCUCAAAAAGCACUGCUACCAUGGGUUUUCUGAUCGACUGCUGAGGCCAAUGUACUGGAAGGUGUUUCUGUACCACUAUAGCAGAAACAAAUUCAGGGCAGAGCUCUUCUCAAGCAGACGAAGAGAGCUGUAUGAAGCAUAUGCUGCAUCAAUCAGUCAUCAAGGCAGCAGCAUACACAAGCACUACAAUUUAAUCGAGAACGAUGUCAAACGAACAUUCAUCAGGCCAAGAGUGCAUAGAAUGAGUGCACAGUCAUACACUAGAUCAUGCGACUUUCUGGAUGCUUGCACAUCAGAUCCAGGAGCAAGCCACAGAAGCGCAAUCAAAAGAAUAUUGAUGUGCUAUUCAAUUGCCAAUUCAUCAAUAAGGUAUGUACAGGGAAUGAACUUUGUUGCAUGUGUUGUGUACUAUGUGAUGUGUGCUGCGAAUGGCACUGGAAGCAGCAGAGACAUUGAGUCUGACACGUUUUUCUGCUUUAACAAUCUGAUGGCAGAGAUUGGAGACAACUUCACUGAAGAUCUGGACCACAGCAGUGCAGGAAUAGCGUACAGAAUCGGCAUUGUUGCUGGUAUUGUCAAGACAGCCGAUUCAGAGCUCUACAGUGUCAUGAAGAGCAAAGGAUUAGACAACUGUAUGUUCUGCAUGAGAUGGAUCUUGCUUAUGUUUGGAUCGUGCUUUGAGAUUGAUGAUGUUGUUUGGCUGUGGGACAGGCUGCUGAGUGAUGCAUCCAGGUUUGAGAUGGUGCUGUACUGCUGUGCAUCAAUAAUCAUCCUGAUGAGAAACACAAUAAUUAGCAAUGACUUUGACGGAUGUAUGCAGAUGCUCCAGGAAUCCUCUAUUGUUGAUGCCAAGACGAUGUUCUACAUGGCUGAUGGCCUGAGAAGGAAGCAUCUCGAAAGUAUGCUGCAGCAUUGA